UAUAAGUCUUUUGUUGCAUCCAGCAAAACCCUUUUCGCUAUCCCUCGAUGAGAGUGGUCUGAUCCCGUUUCGAAGUAUAAACAAAGCGGCAACACUUCGACGGGGAAAGGGUUUUCAAAGAGAGACCUCUUCCUGUUUCAAAGGAGAACAGGAUCCUAACGCUUUUCCCAUCCAUUACCUUCAAUGGCGGCGAUGAUGAACCCUUACGAUCCCAGAUACACGGAUCCCAACUCCUAUAGGGAGAGACGAAGUGGCCUAAUGGCUCCGCAGCAACCAAUAGCACCCUCCAUGAUGGGCGGAAUAGGUGCUGGCGCUUCCCAGAAUGUCGGCAGUGCUGGACCGCUCUCUUACGGAAGAUCACCUUCAGCUUUCGGUGGCGGAAGGGGAGGUGGAGGUGUUGGGGCUGCCGGCGGCGGACCCGGACCGGGUAACUUUAAUGGGUACCCGCCCUUUCAACCUGACGUCGGGAGAGGGUUUGACAUUGGCCGAGGUAGUGGAGGAAGGGGUUUCAGUACAGGGAGAGGCGGCGGUGGCGGUAGAGGUGGUGGUGGAAGGGGCGGAGGUGGAGAACGUGGCGGUAGAGUAUCCAUUCCAGACCGUAGCGGCAGAAUAUAUACUGGAGACCGUGGUGGCAGUAGCGUCAGAGGAGGCAGAGAUGUAGGACGCGGACGUGGUAGUAUAAGGGGUCGUGAAGGUGGGCAUCGUGGUGGUGGCAGCUUUGGUGGUAGAGGUUUUGAUGCCGGUCGUGGCGGAGGUAGGGCGAGCAGCGGUCGUGGUGGCGGUCGGAGUUUUGACUCCGGCCGUGGUGGAGGUAGAGGUAGAGAUGGUGGAAAGUCUAGAGGGGAGUUGAACAGCAUUGCUCUUCCGAAGCAGGAUUUUGGAGACUUGGUACCAUUUGAGAAGAAUUUUUACGUGGAAAGCCCUUCGGUUCAGGCAAUGACGGAGCAAGAGGUUGCGCUUUACCGAGCAAGGCGUGAGAUUACAGUUGAAGGCUAUGAUGUCCCAAAGCCGAUCAGACUAUUUCCAGAGGCAAACCUUCCGGCGUACUGCCUCGAGGUGAUGGCUAAAUUAGGGUUUGUUGAACCCACGCCCAUUCAAUCGCAAGGAUGGCCUAUGGCUUUAAAAGGUAGAGAUUUGAUUGGUAUUGCGGAGACGGGUUCUGGGAAAACAUUGGCAUAUCUGAUGCCUGCGUUAAUACAUGUUAGUGCGCAGCCCCGACUGGUACGUGGUGAAGGACCCAUCGUACUGGUCUUAGCACCUACAAGAGAAUUGGCUGUUCAGAUACAACAAGAAGUUGCCAAAUUUGGGUCACGUACCAAUGUCAGAAGUACUUGCAUAUACGGUGGUGCCCCCAAGGGACCACAGAUUCGUGAUCUCCAAUCAGGGGUUGAGAUUGUCAUUGCAACACCUGGUCGAUUGAUUGAUAUGCUGGAAGCUCAGCAUACAAAUUUGCGGAGAGUAACAUACCUAGUUUUGGAUGAGGCUGACCGAAUGUUAGAUAUGGGUUUUGAACCACAGAUCAGGAAAAUUGUAUCCCAGAUUCGGCCAGAUAGACAGACAUUAUAUUGGAGUGCCACGUGGCCCAGGGAGGUGGAAGCAUUGGCAAGGCAGUUCUUACGGAAUCCCUACAAGGUAAUCAUUGGAUCUGCGGAUUUGAAGGCGAAUCAUUCUAUUAACCAGGUAGUCGAAGUUAUGCCGGAGAUGGAGAAGUAUAAUAGGCUGAUCAAACUGCUUUCGGAAAUGAUGGAUGGGAACCGGAUCCUUAUAUUCCUGGAGACGAAAAAAGGAUGUGAUCAGGUCACACGGCAGCUGAGAAUGGAUGGAUGGCCAGCUCUAUCCAUCCAUGGUGAUAAAAACCAGGCUGAAAGGGACUGGGUUCUGGCUGAGUUCAAAAGUGGUAGAAGUCCUAUAAUGACUGCCACUGAUGUAGCUGCACGUGGUCUUGAUGUGAAAGACAUAAAAUGUGUGAUCAAUUAUGAUUUCCCGUCGAGCCUUGAAGAUUAUGUUCACAGGAUUGGACGAACUGGCCGUGCAGGUGCUAAAGGAACUGCAUUUACCUUUUUUACGCAUGCAAAUGCCAAGUUUGUGAAGGAUCUAAUUAAGAUCCUACAAGAAUCUGGCCAGAUUGUGAAUCCGGCAUUGGCUGCCUUAGCCCGUUCGGGUGGAUAUGGUGGAGGAGGGUCAGGGGGGAACUUCCGCUCCAGGGGCCGAGGAGGAGGGGGAGGAGGAGGUUUUGGUAACCGAGCUUUGAUUUCAGGUUCCAAUACUAUCCCUCUUGGGUCAAAGAGGCCGUGGUAGUCUCUAUUUUAUGGCUGCCAUAGACUGAAGAACUAACCAGUGUAUGUAAGAUAGAAUUCACUCUUAUGUUAUGUUCCAUAGUUCCAUCUUGGAAAUCUUCAGAAAUGAUCAACCUGCUACAUUGAGGUCAUCUUUCUCUGGAAUGUUUAUGUUCAUUUUUUGGCUAAUGAAGGUCCGCAUAAUCGCCUGAACUUAAAUUUGUAGAUUCA